AUGUUCAAGGAGCAACACGAGGUGACCAACCUGGGGGCUCCCCAGCACUCGGGGCCCGUGGUGUCCACCGUGGUCCACGUCCCGACCGACACGGUGGUGCCCGACCACGUUGUGUGGUCCCUGUUCAACACCCUCUUCUUCAACUACUGCUGUCUGGGCUUCGUGGCGUUCGCCUACUCCGUGAAGUCUAGGGACCGGAAGAUGGUGGGAGAUGUGAUUGGGGCACAGAGCUAUGCGUCCACCGCCAAGUGCCUCAACAUCACGACCCUGGUCCUGGGCAUCCUGAUGACCAUCGGACUCAUCAUUCUCGUGUCCCUUGUGCUCCCGCUAUACAUUCAGGCGCUGA